AUGAUUUCCAAGUGGAUCCUGCUGUUACUGAUAGUGUCCAGUGUGGUUCUACUGACCAGUGCUCAGAUAAGUUUCUCCACGAGUUGGGGCAGUGGCAAGCGCGCAGCCUUCACUGAACCUGUGAACCCAAGCAACAUCAACCUUGAUAGCACGUGCAUGAGUAGGACGGAACCGGAAGUCCUAAUGGAACUUGUCAAAACAAUACAAAAACAAACCGAACGUGUGAUAGAGUGCCUCAUGGAAUCCAAAGUUGCAAAACAAAGACAGAGGUCAAUUCACUACUCGUGA